ACGUUGCUCUCUGCAAAAUGAUUUCGGGAAGGGACGGGGGUGGUUUGAGCUCCCGAAUAAACUUUUCUUUACAGUGCUCGCCGAGUCAUGAAACAGCAGUGGUAAAGUGCCGGACCGCGGGAGCCGCAAACGUUUUCUGCGCUGGACCGCCUUCUCCUAAAUCUCUAACUGGAAUGCUAAAAUGUCAAAAGGUUUAGCUUUCACACGACAUUUAGGCCAUUUUUCAUUAAAAAGAACAACUUGAGGAUCUCCUGGAUGUCAUCUCAAAUACUACUAAUAACUCAUAGAAGAAGAAUGCUGCAGGGAGAGAGCCAAUCUGGUUUAGUUUAGUUUAAGAUGACCACUAGUUGAUGGUGAGUUCCAGUGCCACCUUGGGCCAGUCACCCUCUCUAGCCCUAGGAAGGAGACAAGGGCAAACCACUUCUGAAAAACCUCAAGAAAACUGCAGAACUAUUUCAGAACUCUGGCUUGAAGGAGCUGGAGUGAUGAAUGGGACUCUGAUUGCAGGCACACCCAUUGCGGUAGAUUUUUGGAACAUCAGGAAAGCUAGGCAGGCUCGCUUGUUCUUUCUUUCUCAUAUGCACAGUGACCACACUGUGGGGCUUUCCAGCACCUGGAACCAACCUGUUUAUUGUUCGCCUGUUACAGGUCAAAUUCUACAUCUCAGGCUGAAGGUAGCUAAGCAAUGGAUCUGUCCUUUGGAAGUGGGAGAUAGCCAUGUUGUGGCUUUGGAUGAUAUUGGCAGAGAGACCAUGACAGUGACCUUGAUAGAUGCUAACCAUUGCCCUGGAUCUGUCAUGUUCCUUUUUGAAGGGUACUUUGGUGUCAUCCUCUACACAGGUGAUUUUCGUUACACUCCUAACAUGCAGCAAGAUCCAGUUCUAAGGAACUCAAAGUUUAUCAAUUUCCUCUAUCUGGAUAAUACUAAUUGUCGCCCUGAAAUUAUCUUACCAUCCCAGGAACAGGCCAUUGAGCAAAUUAAAAAGUUGAUUAGGGACCAUCCUGAUCAUCAGGUGAAGAUUGGUACAUAUAGCUUGGGAAAGGAGUCACUUUUGGUGGAACUGGCCCAAGAAUUUCAUACAUGGAUUGUGGUGAGUCCCCAGAAGUUGGAGCUUAUGCAGCUGUUGGAGAUUGAGAAUGUUUUCACUUCUGAAGAAGGAGCUGGAUGGAUUCAUGCUGUGGAUUUUUCAGAAAUCUGCAAAGAAACAAUGACCAACUGGAAUCGGAAUCAUCCAACCAUAGCUAUUCUCCCUACCAGCAGACCAGUGAAAAUCAGACACCCUAAUAUGCAUGUUGUUCCUUAUUCUGACCACUCAUCUUUCCAAGAACUAUUAGAAUUUGUAGCUUGGCUAAAGCCCUGCUCCAUCAUUCCUGUAGUGAAGAAUGAGGCAUGUCAAGUAUAUUUUCAACAAUACUUGAGCUCUGAAAACUAUUCACUUCUGGAAUCUAAAGUUCCAGAAUCAGUUAAACAAGUCAAGCAAAACAAAAAGAAAGAAAAGCUGAUAAAACUGCUCAAAUUGUCAGCCUCUCACCAUGCUCCAAGGGGAGUUUGCUUUGACUCGCCUGAAAAAUGUACUGGACAGAAUGAAUAUUACCCUGAAACAGAAAUUUCUGAGCAGUGCUGCUCAGAAUCCACAAACGGAACUGUGCCUUAUUCUAGACAAGAACAGUGUGCUCAGUUUCCACAGUGUGAAGAGAAACAGCAAGAAACAAUGCUAGAACUAUCAAACCUUAAGAAUGACCGAGUACUUCCUGUGGUAGAGUCAGAAAACAUGUUUUCCACCAAACAACAGCUGAAAGACAAUGCUGACAAUGAAUUGAAAACGUGUCACACAGUUGUAACAUCAACAUGCACAUGCAUUUUCUCCAAUGACAGAAAGGAUACAAUCUCCAGACUAGAAAGAGUUCCUUCUUCCUGUGAGAACAGAGACUGUCUUGCUCAACCAGUCUUGGACAAUGAUGUCUUCUCAACAGCAUCACAGCCUGAUCAAAUUCACAGAGUGGCCAGUCAACAGGUUUUAAAAAACCUUUGUCAUGAAUAUAAUUUAUCUCCCUUAAAUUUCUCAAAACGAAAGUCCCUAGAAAACUUUGAUUUGCAAGUAGAAAACUACUUAAAAAGAGGAAGAGUAUCAAUAGGCAUAGAGUAAUAUAAACUUGCAUUCUGGACAAGAACUUACAGGAAAAAGCAAAAUGUCUGAUCAAGUGCCAAAAGAGGGUAGCUAUGGAAUAAUAAUCUGAUUUUCAAGUGAGGCAUAUCUGCGUCCUUCCCCCACCUGCUCCAGUUACUCAUUAAAAUAGAUCUGUCUGAUCCAUUUUGAUAAAAAGUGAAUCUUCAGUAUUAACAGCAUGUCUCUUCACUUUUUAGGUUUUCUCCUAUCUUUUAGGGCUGCUUAUUGGUAUUAAUUCAGCUGAAAAAUCAUAGACCCCUAAAUAUGUACUUUUGUUGACAUAAUUGGGAUUGUUUUUUAACUGAGGGGCAAUCUGUCUUUUCAUGACUUAUUCACUACUGAAAUCUUUCCUGUGAAUUAACAAUAUUUCUGAAAAAGGAAUGUGGUUUGUCAGUGAUAUAUUUAUAUUUUUCCGAAUAAAAUUUUAAAAUGAAAA